CUCUAAAAGUUUGCAUCACUGAUUUGACAUUCCACUAAUUCGAUAAAGUCAACACGUGGUAUUGUCGCCUGCUGUGGUUCAGAAUCCAACACGUGUCGUGGACUUUCUGAGGAAUUGCAUAUUCAUUAUAAGCAAUGGAAACUAUGGUAUUGGCGCCAUCGGAUAUUAUGUAUUCGCAGAGAUCAAUUCGUCCUUCGUUCCAAAAUGGUGACCUGCUCGGAGACAUUCGUGAUUGGAUUAUGACCGGUCAAAUGAACGUAGAAGACCUUCCAAUGAUAUCAGUGAAAUGUCUCCCUGGUGACGGAUUCUUGACCACAGACAACAGACGAUUAUGGAUAUUCAAAGAAUUGGAAAUGCUUGGGGAGGCCAAUCUGAUCCAAGUGAGAAAGGUUUAUUGGGUCCCUCCCAAGAAAUGGAGGUAUCGAAGUUACGAGAUAGACAUACGAGGUGAUCCGGGUGGCUUUCUCGGCUACCAUGACAACAGCCCAGUUGUUGAAUAUGAACCUGUUGAUGAAUCUGUUUGUGAGUGUAAAUGCCACCAUGGCAACGGAUAUUACUCAUCGGAUUCUGACUCUGACGACGAUUACUAUUAUAACUACUGACCAGACUUUAGUUUUUUAUCAUCAUCAUCAUCAUACAUUAUAGUAUACAAGAAAAAAAAACAUUUUCAUAUUUUUUUGUUUUCGUUUAUCAUAACUGGCAUUGCCUCGUUUUGAAGUAUUUGAUCAUUUUUUGUGUUCUCAAAUGAUGAAAAGCUGCAUGUUAAGAAUCAUUGUAUUUUUGUGUAUGUAAAUUAAAUUCCAAUACUGAAGUUGAAUGUUAACAUAAUGUUGGGUUUCGUUUAUAUUAUGUUUAAAUUGAUCAUUUUUAAGUACAAAGUACAUAGUAUUGUACUUUGUUAUGUUGUAUUUUGGGUUCUAAUAAAGAUCCUAAUAUAUUA